AUGGAGGGCGAAGAAAUCGAUUUGGCUUGUCACCUCACCAACACUUCGUUGCAAACUCACCGCGGCGAGGCGGGUGUCCGACUUCUUAACGAACUAGUUGGGUGCCACGUUUUAUCGGACCCAAAAGAGACGAUGCGGAUUUUUACAGAGGAGGAUAUUGACCUCCUCACAUCUCAGAUGAUGCAGGUUCUGGAAGAAACCUUCACUGCUGCUCUACGAGAUCCCAUUAACUUUCAACCCAUUCCCAACGCUUUUGAACUUUUUGGAGUGGACUUUCUCGUCACGCAUUCCGCUAGUGAUACCGUACCGUGGCAGGUCAAUCUACUGGAGGUCAAUGCAGAGCCUGCGAUUGAAUUGACAGGCCCCAGGCUGAAAUGGAUACUCGAGGACCUUUUUCUCGCGAUGGGAAAGGCUUGCGUUGAGCCCUUCAUUACAGAGAGAAAAGUAGAUGAUUGGCCCGUUGGGGAAGCUCGAAACAAUCUGAUAAAAUGUUUAGAAAGGAGAGUACGUAGUUAG